AUGCCAAGAAUCAACUCCAGGAGGCGGCAGGCCGCGCGCGCCGUGGACCUCUUCUCCUCCCGCUCGGAGGAGGAAGACUUGGGCAUCAUCGUUGGGGACUUCGGCGCGGUGUCGGGUCCAUUCGGCAGUGACUACCCGGAACAAGCAGAGGCGCCGCUGCAAACCUUACAGGAUGUAGGGUGGUCCCUGGCAUACGACAAGGACACCAUCCCAGCCAGUUGUCUCUUUGGCUAUCUGGCAGACUUCAUGGCCACGAGCCGGAAGGUGUCCCCACGAUCGGUGGAAGCCCUCGCUACGGCCGACAUCAUUGGUGAGGCCCAGCUGGAUGCGCCCCUCUCAGACCACAAGGCCAUCAAGGUGGCUUUCCCGCUGCCGAGCCUGGCGGCAUCAAGGCCACUGGCGGCCGUGGGGCUCCAGGAGAUGCCAGUGAUCGGCUUUGGCAGCCACUUCAUGCCGGAGGAUGUGACGGAGCGUGUCUCGGACCAGGACUACUACCGGCGGGUUGAUGAGCUGACGCAAGCUGCGUUGCAGGAAGCGCUUGCAGCUGGAGUGAGGCUCAUCGACAGCAGCAACCGUCACAUGAAUCAGCAGAGUGUCGGCCGGGCGUUGGAAGCAGCGCUGAAGCAGGAGCUGCUCACUCGUGGCGACGUCUUCCUGUGUGGCAGGAUCUCCAAGGUCAAGGACCGCGAGCAGGUGCGGGGCGAGGUCGACAUGCUCCUGAGUGAGCUGAAGGUGGAUUGUGUGGACCUCCUCAUUGCGGACUGCCCGCCGGAGCAGGUCCCGGCCGCGUGGCCUUGGAUCGAGGAGGUUGCGCGAGAAGGCCGCGCCCGCUUCCUUGGGGUAUCCAACUUCGAUCUGUUGGGUCCCAAGGUCUGCGUGGAGGUCUUCCGGAAGUUCCUGGCGGGCGUCAAAAUGCCGCCUGCCGUGCUGGCAAUGGAGGUCCAUCCGUUGAACACCAACGAAGAGAUGUCCGACUUGUGCCAGAGCAUGGGGAUUCAGGUCCUUGCCUACUCGCCCCUGGGCGCACCCCAUAAAGUGGAGGCCUACCUCAAGGUGCUCACAAAAUCGGAUGCUCGAGAAAUGAGACCCUUGCUGAAGGUCUCAGAGCUUCACCUCUUGCAAAGCAUCGCGAAGCGCUACGAUGUUACGCCGGCUCAGGUGGCCCUGCGCUGGAACCUCCAGCGCGGCCACUGCGUCAUCCCGAAGAGCUGGAAUCCCAACCACAUUCUGGAGAACACAAAGCUGUUCCACUUUAGGCUCACCGUCGAGGAGAUGGCCUCCAUCUCCAAGCUUCAUAAGGGCGUACGGGCCGAGCGGUUUUUCCAAGCUGCCUUCAGCAGCGCUUCCAAGGCGCUGCCGCAAAUGACCCGCGAUGCCCACGACGAGUGCCGCAAGAUCCUCAACAAGAUUCGAGGACCUGGCGGCCGCGUGAUCCAGCCAGGCUCUGUCCCACAGGGCUUCGGCGAUCCCACUCCACUGCCCGAGGGCGUCGCGCGGCGCGGGGGCGACGACGGUGGCCUCACCGGCAAGGUGGAUUGGGAGAAGCUCGGUUUCCACCGGCCAGUAGAGGAGGAGCCAGGAUUUUGGAGACGCAUGGGCCUGGCUACCGGCAAGGGCCUGGAGGGCAAGGGCAAGGGCAAAGGCGAUUCUCCUGCGCUGAAAGACGGCUUGCCUGUGGGCGGCAAGGGCGUGCUUCGCCCUGCGAUGGUGGGCUACAGGUAG